GAACAAAGAUCAGAAUCAGAGGAAGUUUCUUGUUAGUUGGUGAACAUUCUGAAGCAAAUAUUAUGGAGCUAAAACACAGCAAAUCAAGAAUCGGAAAGAAAAACGUGCAUAAGAAACAUUUUACCGGUUUUCCGAUCAGCUCGGAAGAAUAUGCUUUCUCCUACAAAAGCUCUCCAAAAGCACUUUUACCCGAUCCUGUUGCAAAUUACCAACUUAUGCCUUCUCCUCCGAGACAUUACUCCAACAUCAGACACGGCAAAGUGAGUUCAGUAAUUACUAAGAUGAUCAAACUCGGUGAAAACAUGGACGUUUUCGCUCAAGGAAUCCGAGAGCACGUGAGAUUAGCACCCAAGUUUGGCGAAACGGUAAAAGGAAAACUGAGUCUUGGGGCGAGAAUUCUUCAGGUUGGUGGAGUGGAGAAAGUGUUUAAGCAGAAAUUCGAUAUUAGAGACGAUCACGAGAAACUGUUAAAGGCUUCUCAGUGCUAUUUAUCGACGACAGCUGGACCAAUAGCUGGCCUUCUAUUUGUUUCGAAUGAAAGAGUAGCUUUCUGUAGUGAGAGAUCCAUCAAACUCGCGUCUCAAACUGGAAAGAUUCUAAAAGCACAUUACAAGGUAAUGAUUCCUUUGAGAAAAAUGAAACGAGCGGUUGAAAGUGAGAAUGUGAAAAGACCAACACAGAAGUAUGUUCGAAUAGAGACAGAGGACAGUUUUGAUUUCUGGUUCAUGGGAUUUCUAAAUCAUCAGACAACCUUAAAGUAUCUCCAGCAGGCAAUCCAUCCUCAAUACCGAUGAGAGCUUAAUCCUAAAGAUUUGGAUGAUGUUAAAGAAAUACGUACAAAUUUGUAAAAACGGUUCUUGUAAUGACAAGUUCACUCUCGAAAUAGCAAACCAUGUGCAUUAAAACAUUUACACGAAGCAAGAGUUCACUUAACUUCAAGAAAUCAGUUUAAUAGAGUCGGAUAAAUCAGUUUAUUAGAUUAAAAACUUGCGUAGCGGUUCUCAAGAAUAAUUCAAUCAACUUUUUCCUUUUCUU